AUGUGUACAAACUCUAUUAUUCCAUACACGACGCCGCAGAUCUUGAUCGCGGAGGUAGCAGACGACGGCAGCAAGAACGGCACUCUGACCGCCACGUACAAGAGUGAUUUCCCCGGGGACUACCUGGUGUAUAUCGAUGAAGUCGAGUCUUCGAAAAAGGAUGAGGGUGUUCCCAUCUUGGGUAGCCCUUUCAGUCUCACGAUUGCAGGCGAUGCUCCAACGCUGGACGUCAACUCCCUUCCAGUGUGUAGCACCCACGACGAUGCCAACAAAAACAUUGCGGAUACAUUUUGGAGGUCCGGGACAUGGCUUUCGUCGAGCGUCGCUAGUGCGGCGCAUGGAGUUAUGAGAAACGGGUGGGUGUUUCAGCCCAAAUCUUGUGUUUUCGACACGUUUUCAUAUGAGGAUCUCAUGCUCCUUGCCAGCCUCGACGGCGAGCCGACGUGGCUUCUGGUAUUGGGAGGAUCCGUUCAAAGGGGUGUGUUUCUGACCCUGAUAGACAUGGUGUUAGCGGCCGGGCAAAAGAACGACAUCCAGUCAAGUGUAGUUCAGAAAUGCUGGGGAUACGCCGACGUCCGGGUCGGAAACCUUCGCCUGACGUACCAGGAAGCUGUAACGGAUGGUUUGGGCAGAGAGCUUGCAAUAUCGGCUUUGGAAUGGCGCCAGUUCCAUCGGGAAUUGUGCUGGUUGCGGCAAUUGCUGUUCCACAAUGAAGCCGAGACGAAUAUCAUGCUGCUGUUUUUCACCAACGCUGGCCUCUCCAACUCGGUAGAUUCGCUGGUCUGCAACAACGAAAAACUCAUGAGCGGGAGCACAGCAGCCUUCAUUCACUCCGCCGAGCAGUUCCUGGCGUCGACUAUUUUUCGAGAAGGUGGCCCGUGGCCUACAGUUGUUAUGGCUCCGUCCAACUUAAUCCCGUCCAACAACGAAGGCACCCAAUUCUCGGUCGAGGAGGUUUUAUGGAAGGAAGAGAACCCAACCAUGACCGCUCUGGAAGACGUCAGGAUGUCGUACUUGAGCAGAUCGCCAGACGACGACAACGGACUCGGCAAAAUGGACGGUUACGAAACCCGAGACCCUCGCGUAUCCUUCAUGAGCGUAUUUCCUAUGUACCAGGCGAAACUCUUCGAAAACGAACAAUCGAAGAACGGAAUUCGGCGUUUCGCAGUCAGCCAACACUUUCACUACGUCUCUUCAGACGCGUCCGGCCCGGAAACGCGCAACGGGACAAUCAUGGUGCACUCCACGAUAACAGAGAUGCUGGCUAAUGUCAUGAUCGGCCGGGCCGUGGAAACAAAGGCGAAACUCUAUGCAAAGGCCGCCGCAUCAACCGACGAAAUUCGAAAAAUGAACGCCGAGGUCGGGAAGUCGUUCCAGGCGAAGGCUGGAACGCGCCGCAACGGCCAGUUUCAGCGUGAGUUCGUUACAGUGUGCUCGGAUUGCCCUAGCUCGCUUCUGCCUUUCCACGUCAAAGCGAUCCCUGAAUCCGUCUGCGAGAUCGUCGAGUCCCUGCCUGGACAUGCAAAGACGGGCGAGGCGUGGCCUGGUGACCUGUGUCCCGAUUGGUGCAUGAAACAGGCGCCUGUGUCUCAAUCAAAGACCGAAUCAGGUGUCGUGGAAGUCCGAAGGUGCCGCCGCAACACUGACCAACCGUGA